CAUGGAUCCAAGGUAAGGCACAACCAGCACUAUGAGCAUAUAGCAAAGAAACACCCACCAAUAGCUUAGACAUUAUUUCUUUCAAUCCUUCUCCCCUCUCAGAAACCAUGGCACUUAGCAACAAUGUCAUUGCGGCCAUCAACUUCGUUGCAAUGCUCCUCUCCAUCCCAAUCAUCGGUGCCGGAAUCUGGCUCGCCACCGAGCCCGACAACUCUUGUGUAAAGAUUCUGCAAUGGCCUGUCAUAAUAUUGGGCAUCUUGUUCCUGGUUGUGGCCAUUGCUGGCUUUGUAGGGGCGUUUUGGAGGAUCCCAUGGCUCCUUGUCUCUUACCUCAUCGCCAUGCUCAUCCUCAUUGUCUUGCUUGCUUGUUUGGUGGUUUUCAUCUACAUGGUUACCAUGAGAGGCGCCGGCCACCUCGAGCCGAGCCGGUCUUACUUGGAGUAUCAUCUUGAUGACUACUCCGGUUGGCUUCGCCGGAGAGUUCGAGCCCCUUUUAAGUGGGAUCGCAUCAGAGGUUGUCUUAGCUCAACAAACAUGUGUGCUGAGUUGAGCCAGAAUUAUCGCAUGGCUCAGGAUUUCUUUAACGCACACCUUACCCCCUUGCAGUCAGGAUGCUGCAAACCACCAACUCAAUGUGGCUACACCUUCGUGAACCUGACGUAUUGGAUUAGUCCGAUUAACAACGCCGCGGACAUGGAUUGCUUGCAGUGGAACAAUGACCAGACACAGCUUUGCUUCAACUGCGAUUCCUGCAAAGCUGGAUUGCUUGCCAAUCUGAAGAUCGAAUGGAGAAGAACCGACAUCAUAUUGCUCAUUACACUAGUUGCUCUCAUUUCGGUUUAUUUGAUAGGGUGCUGUGCUUUUAGGAAUGCCAAAACUGAGGAUCUUUUCCGCAAAUACAAACAAGGCUAUACCUAAUCGAUGUCAUUUGCUCUGUAAUUGACGGUUUGUAUCAGAAGAUUUCGUUUCUUUUUCUGUUGUUAAUUUUCACCUUUGUGACUAAUUAGGGAUUGUAAUUACUG